ACAGUAAAAAUGAAAGAAGAAGAAGUAAACAGAUGUCAGAUUCAGGAGUGGUUCCCUAAAUUCAAAUCAGUCUCCAUCAAAACCGUAAUUCAGGAACUCCCAGAAGCCUUCAUCCAGUAUCUUCUUGAUGAUUCUGGUCCCUUUCUUCUUCCCCUUUCCAUUUCAAACGAUGAUGCCCUACCCAAUAGAAUUCAUAAGCCUGAAGAGGAAGAGGAUUACGUCGUAUCAGAAGGAUCUGAAGAUGAAUCAGAACGAGCUUCACCACCCCCUUGUUUCCCAGAACUGGAACUGAAAAUCAAGGAAGCAAUUGAAUCUCUUGGGGGUUCUGUAUUCCCUAAGCUGAAUUGGAGUGCACCUAAGGACUCAGCUUGGAUCAGUUCGACCGGGAACCUAAAAUGCACCUCUUUCAGCGAGAUUGCACUUUUGUUUCGGUCAUCUGACUCGCUGAUCCAUGAUCUGUGUCAUGCAUAUGAUUCAUGUAUUGAUAAGACGGGAUCAAGACCCUUGAAUUUCUUCCUUGCCCUUCGCAAAUGGUAUCCUUCUCUACGGCCAGAGAUGGAAUUCCGUUGCUUUGUGUGGAAUCAUGUACUAGUGGGGAUUUCCCAACGUGAGGUCACUAGUUUUUAUCCCGCACUUCUUGAGAAGAAAAGCAUUCUGGAAGCUAUGAUUUUGGAUUUUUUUGAGGAAAAUGUAAGGAUGAGGUUUGAAUCAGAAAAUUACACGUUUGAUGUUUAUGUCAACAAGGAUGGGCGAGUUAAGCUGUUGGAUUUCAACCCUUGGGGUGCAUUUACAUUGCCUCUGUUGUUCACUUGGGAGGAAUUGGAGCAGAAUUAUAAGGAAGAGGGGAAUGAUUUGGAGUUUAGAAUCGUAGAUAGCCAAUGUGGAGUACGGCCAAGUUUGAAGACUGCAGUUCCUUAUGAUUACUUGGAUACCAGUGCUGGGAGUGGUUGGGAUCAAUUUCUAAGGAAUGCAGAUGAGGAGUUGCGGUGGCAGACUGAAGCUGCUGAAGCAGGUGCUUAAGUAUUUGAUUCUAUGAGGCGACAAAUUAUUCAAACAUCAGGCCUGCUACGUCUGACAUCUCGAAUGCAUCAGACAAGAUUGGGUGAGACUAUGGAGGACACGAAAGGCGGUAUGUAUCGAUAAUGAGCAAUGCUAUAAAACCCAAAUAAAAUUCAAAAACUUGCAACCCAAAUGCAUAUCAUCUUUUGGAUAUAUAUAUCCCAUCAACUUUUUUAGUGGAACUCAUUCAUCCAAGGGAUGAUAUGCAUUUGAGUUUUAACUUUUGGGUUAUGUAGCAUUUUUCAUCAAUAAUACUUCAGGGUAAAAUAAGGGGGUUCCAGAGCACUUUAGCAAAACAUGUAAUUGUUUUUUUUUUUUAAUGGAGAAUAACUAGACUUCCUAUUUAAAUCCAUGAUGGAGGUGUUGCUGACCCCAUACUUAUUCUCAUAUAGUUUUAUUUCUGCAGUUUGGACUUAAUUUACUGGUUGGAAGGAAGACCUCUCUAAAUUCUCGAAUAUAGUUGUUCUCAGGAAACUGUUCAAGUUAUUAACAUUACAGUGUUGUGGUGUAAUUCAAAUCUUGUUUGGAUGAUUUUAAUUGAUUAAUCAUACUAUGGGG